AUGUUCUCCAACAGAAGUGAAUAUUUGACUCGAAUAUUAACUGAACUAAAAGUUGGUUCAAUGUUAACAAAACGAAAACGUAAUGGAGAAAAAUAUUCCCGUCGAUUCUUUCUUGAUGAACAUGAAAGUUUUAUCUCAUAUCAUCAAUCGGAAAAAGUUUUUGCUCAAUCACAUCGCUAUUAUAUUCACGAAAUAGAUGAAAUUCGUGCUGGUUUUCAUACACGAACAUUUGACCGACUUGUUCGACGUGAAUUUGUUGAACCAACUGAUGAACAAGUUGCAUUCUCCAUCUUUUAUAACAAUUAUCGAGAUGAACUUCAUUUGAUGGCAACUAAUGAACGAACAAAGAAUAUAUGGAUACAAGGAUUACAAUAUUUGAUAGAUUUACAUGCAAAAAAAAGACAGCAACAUGUUCUUAGUGAGACUAAUUGGAUUCUUAGUUAUUUUCGUUUGGCUGACAAAGAUAAAUCAGGUACAUUAACAAAACGUGAAUGUCGUCGAUUACUGACAGAUUCACUAAAUGCAAAAGUACCAGAAGAUGUUUUUGAAAAACUUUUUCAAGAAACAGAUAUAAGUGGUGAAGGUCUUUUGAAUCCAGAUGAAUUUAUAAAUUUCUUUCGUGUUUUGACUCGUCGAAUUGAUCUUUAUGAAGUCAUGCAAAAAUAUGUGAAAAAUGUUGAUCAACAAACGAUCGAUACAAUUUGUAUGAAUAUUAAUGAACUUUUAUAUUUUCUUCGAACUGUUCAAAAUCAAACAAUAAUAAAAUAUCAAUCAAAACAAAACAAAAAUAGCUUUUCACUUCUACCAAUUGCAACACACGAGCAAGUACAAGAAUUAAUUAAUGAAUAUGAACCAAAUAUUGAAUUACAAGAAAAAGGUCUUCUUAGUUUAAAUGGCUUUCGAAAUCUAUUACUAUCUGAUGAUUUCUCUCUCAUGAGACCAUGGUGUUCUCGUCGAACUUAUCAAGAUAUGACAAGACCAUUAAAUGAUUAUUAUAUAAACACUUCACACAAUACUUAUCUAUUUAAUACUCAAGUAUCCGGUGAAAGUAAUCCAGAAGCAUACAAUCGAGCAUUACGAGCUGGUUGUCGAGCAGUUGAAAUUGAUUGUUAUGACGGUGAUGAUGGUCAACCUAUAGUUAAACAUCGAUAUACAUUUGUUAAAUCAUGUCGUUUUGAAUCAAUUAUUCGUUUUAUCGAACCAAAUCUUUUCAAGACAUCACCAUAUCCUGUAAUCCUUGAUCUUGAAAAUCAUUGUUCAAUCGGACAACAAAUUCAAAUGGCUCAAAUUUUAAAACAAAUUCUUGAAGAUCGUUUAAUUAUUGAAUCUUCAACUGCAAAAGUUUCAUGCGUAUUACCAUCACCAGAAGAUCUCAAAUACAAAGUUAUUGUUCGAGGUAUAAAAAUACCAAUAUCAACAACAUCUCCUAAAUUAUCACAGCAACAAGAAAUCGAUCAAAAUAAUUCUGUUCUCAAUCGACAUAACACAGUAUUUUCAUUGAUAUUAUUUCACUAA